AGAUGGGAAGAGAGAAAAUGAAAAAAGAAAUCCAAAAAAAGUAAAGAAUGUUGCAACUUCAAUUCUUAUCUUCUCCUCCGGUCUCUGCCCAAACUUCAAAAUUCAAUACAAUCUCCAACCCCAAGCUUUUUCCUUCUUUCUCUUCUCUCAAAUCCCUUCAAAAUUAUGCCUUUAAAUUUAAUACCCUCUCUUUGACCUCCAAACCCUCCAAGUUUUCUCUCAAAUGCGGCCAGUCUGAAUAUUUCGACCAGAAACAGAGGUUUAAUAACUCUUCGUCUACUUCACCGCCUCCAUCCUCAGCAGGAUCCCCGCCUAGGUAUUACGUAGGUCAUUCGAUUUACAAAGGGAAAGCUGCUCUUACUGUGGAACCCAAGGCCCCUGAGUUUGUUCCUUUAGAUUCAGGGGCAUUUAAAAUAUCCAGGGAAGGAUUUGUACUGCUACAGUUUGCACCUGCAGCUGGUGUUAGACAAUAUGAUUGGGGCAGGAAGCAGGUGUUCUCGUUAUCAGUCACAGAAAUUGGAACUCUGAUUAGCCUCGGCACAAAGGAAUCUUGUGAAUUUUUCCAUGAUCCUUUUAAAGGGAAAAGUGAUGAAGGGAAGGUUAGGAAGGUCUUGAAGGUGGAGCCACUUCCUGAUGGGUCUGGUCAUUUUUUCAACCUUGGUGUUCAAAACAAACUUGUAAACAUGGACGAAAGCAUUUAUAUUCCUAUCACCCUAGCAGAGUUCACUGUCCUGAAAUCAGCAUUCAGCUUUAUUUUGCCGUAUCUUUUAGGAUGGCAUGCCUUUGCGAAUUCAACAAAACCGGAUGAGGCAAGCCGUGUGAAUAAUGCCAAUCCUAGAUAUGGAGGAGACUACGAAUGGAGCAGAUAGUUCAAAAUUUUGUCAGAGGACGACCUUUCUAGUUUACCUAGUGUUUUUCCAGAAUGUUAUAAAAUUGUUGUUGGAUUGUGCUUUAGACUCUUGAUAGCGAUUCAAGUUUGUUUCGAAUGAUUGUUAAUUUAUUUCUCAAAUUUUGUUGCGUCG